UAUGGUUUUUUCAAAAUCCUAGCCAAGGUCAGAUCUCUAGCAUACAAGCUACAAAUCCCUGCCCAUUGGAAAAUCCAUUCUAUAUUCCAUGUGACCAUGCUAACCAAAUACAGGGAAAUAGAGGCUUAUAGAAUCAACUUCAUCAAACCUCUACCAGAAGUCUUAAAUAAUAAGAAAUAUUACAAGAUAGAGGCUAUUUUA